AUGGCGCCACUGAACUUUGAGAAUCUAAUUUUGGGGCUAGGUUUUAUCAUGGCAUCAUGUUUUGCUCCUGGAUGUACAGGUGUAGAUGUUGCCAUUAAUGAUAUCACAGCUGACUACAGAAUCACCAGGAAUCUCUCAGAUUCUCUUUCAUUAACAUGCACAAUAGUCAACAACACCCAGGAUGAAGAGUUAGUCUGGUUUCGUGGUGACAGGGCAAUUAACUUGAAGUCUAUGAAUCGGAUCAAUGUUAGCACUGUCUGUAUUGAUCCACUUACAGAAAAUGACGAUGAAGCUACAUUCAGCUGCUGUUUAAAUAAAAAUUCUAACAUUAAUACGACUGUGCUCCUGGACAUCAGAUUUAUCCCCAUUCUGAGCAGCGAUGGUGAUAAUCAAAUAGAAGUACACGCAGGAAAUGACGUGACACUGACAUGCAAUGUGAAGUCCAAUCCACCAGCUGUGAUGUCCUGGUAUAAAGAUAACAAUAUCCUGAAGAUGGUGGCCGGCAGGCACAGUGUGUACUGGGACAGAGGUGUUUUUAGUCUAUCUAUUAAGAAGGCACAGAACAUGGAAAAUGGGACAUACGUCUGUACAGCUGACUCCACACUUGGAAGCAGCAAUUUGUCCUUCCACCUGAAUGUGAAAGAUAAACCAUAUGAAGUACCAAUUGAACCAAUUAUUGCUGGGCUAGUGGUUGCUGGACUGACUGUUCUUUUUGGAAUCAUUUCACGGAGAGACAGAGUUAUUCAGCUCUGCAACAAGAAAACCAACACCAAUACAUUUGUUGAGUAUGGUUCUCAAUAG